UCCCUCUGCAAAUAGAUAGUGAGGCUGAAAAUUGAAAUGAACUCGCUAGCGUUCGCCGUACGGACGUCCAAUCCCGCGCCUGGAUUAGGGCUCCCAAUUCCCGCCGAGAAGAAGCAUCAGAUACUUGGGUCUUGCCGAGCUCCGAAAUUCAAUGGCGAAAGCAACAAGAGUACUCCGGCUGCCCUAAACAGAAGAGAAGCACUCGGUGUCGGCGUCGGCGUUAGCCUUCUCCAGCUUCUCAAUCCGCGAAUGGAUUCCACCGCUGCGGCUGUGAGUGACGCUAAUUCUACCUGUGAGUACACCGUAGCUCCGUCGGGCCUCGCCUACUGCGAUAAAGUUGUCGGCGCUGGACCUGAAGCUGUUAAAGGGCAGCUAAUUAAGGCGCAUUACGUGGGGAGACUGGAAGAUGGAAAGGUGUUCGACAGCAGCUACAAUAGGGGACAGCCUCUGACCUUCCGAGUGGGCGUUGGCGAGGUGAUCAAAGGAUGGGAUGAGGGAAUUAUCGGUGGAGAAGGAGUUCCAGCCAUGCUCACCGGAGGAAAGCGGAAGCUAAGAAUACCUCCUCAGCUUGGAUAUGGCAUGAGAGGUGCUGGCUGUCGUGGAGGAUCCUGCAUAAUUCCCCCCGAUUCAGUUCUCCUCUUCGACGUCGAGUUCGUCGGAAAGGCCGCCGGCGGCUGAACCUGAACGAAUCAUUAUCCACCACUCAUAUUGCUUUUCCUCUGUAGUCUGUAUGACUGUAUCCGCCCUGUCAAUCCACCCUCGUGUUGCGCACGCGCGA